AUGGACGAGCUGGAGUACAAUAGGGUGCUGACAAGGUUACAGAGACGCGCGCCUUCCCCGCUUCCCCUGAAUCAGAUUACCCAGAACCAGCAGAAACAGCAGCAGCAGCAGCGGUUCUUUUCUUCUUCAUCAUCAACGCCGGAUUCGGCCUCCGUUUCUCCUCAAAGUUGCCCGGCCAGGUUCGGAUCGGGUACUGGUAAAGAUCCGAUUCCUCUGCUUACGCCUCUGGUUUCGCCGACGGCCGGGUUCCAGCACCUGCAGCAGCAGCAGGGGAUUUGUUUUGGCAUCGUGAGACGUGGAGAUUGA